AUUUAGUUCAACGAAAACCACUUUAUAUUUGUAGUACCAGCAGCCAGUACCUUCUUAAAGAGAAAAAUAAUUGACAUACCAUAACAUAACCAUUUCCUUUUUUUUUUUAAUUCUGUGAUAAUAACAAGUCACGUGUUUUCUCAUCAAUAUUACAUUCUAUAAGUAUCAAUAAUCAGUAUUCCCCUCCUUAUUACCAUUCAAGGUUCAAAAUGGUAACUAUGUUUGGUGGAGCUUCAAUAGUUCUAUGCUUCUUCUCCUUCUUCCUACUACUCUCCCCAAUUGCAUUUUCAGAGAAAUGCAACCCACAAGACAAGAGGGUGCUUCUCAGGAUCAAGAAAGAACUCAACAACCCUUAUCUUCUAGCCUCAUGGGACCCACAGACAGAUUGCUGUGGCUGGUACUGCGUCAAAUGCGACCUUAUAACACACCGUAUCACUGCCCUCAUUAUGCAAUCCUCCGUCCCAGACACAAAUCUCUCAGGCACUAUACCCCCUUCAGUCGGUGACCUCCCUUAUCUUGAAAAUCUCGAAUUCCACAAACUCCCCAGGCUCAAGGGCCCAAUCCAGCCCACUAUCGCCAAGCUCACGAAACUCAAGUAUCUUUUCAUUGAAUACACCAAUGUCUCAGGCCCGAUACCACCUUUCUUGGCCCAGCUUAAAAACCUCCAGCUUCUUCACCUUUCCACCAACAACCUCUCAGGCCCGAUCCCAAGCUCACUUUCACAGCUACCUAACCUUGAGUCCUUACACUUAGACAGAAACAAACUCACAGGCCCAAUUCCAGAAUCAUUCGGUUCUUUCAAAAAGCCUGGGCCAGAUAUCAUCUUAUCUCACAACCAGCUCUCUGGGCCCAUUCCAGCUUCAUUAGGUCAAAUAGAUCCAGAAAGAAUAGACUUGUCGAGGAACAAGCUUGAAGGGGAUGCUUCCGUGCUUUUCGGAAGCCAGAAAAGGACACAAAUACUUGAUGUUUCUAGGAACUUGUUGUCUUUUGAUUUUUCUAAGGUUGAUUUUCCUAAACAGAGUUUGAUAUGGUUGGAUAUUAAUCAUAACAAGAUAUAUGGGAAGAUUCCAGUAACUUUAACCAAAGUGGAGAAUUUGCAGCAGUUUAAUGUGAGUUACAAUAAGUUAUCUGGUGAGAUACCUCAAGGUGGGACUGGAAGAUUGCAGGAUAGGUUUGAUGUGUAUGCUUAUCUUCACAACAAGGGUUUGUGUGGACCACCUCUUCCUAAAUGCAAGUGAUGAAGAAGGCUAGCUAGUUAAAAAUAUAUCUAUUGUUUUAAUAAAAACUUGUAUUUGGAUAUCGUUUUGCAUUGCCAUGUCCAAUGUUCAAUUGUGUUAUAAGUUGAGCUGUUGUUCUAAUUUCGUUUAAUCUAUCUAAGCUUUGUAUUUUUAUCAUA